AUGGCCUCGUCAAACCAAAGAAGCAGUCCUGCCAUGUCGCAUUCAAGCGCUGGCACAAAGUCUCCAGCAGCACAGCAUUCUACAGUGCCCCUGGACUCAUCGCGCUACGCCUCAGCCAUGAACGACUCCGACCAACCCAUUGAGCUCUCCGGCCCCGAUCACAAGCCCGCAUUCCCUCCCAAAUACACGAAACGUCCUCCCUCCUAUUCAAAUUCGACUUCCCAACAGCCGUCGGCCGAGACCUACUCAAGCCGGGACCUCGGGACGGGCCGCUUGUAUUAUCACAACCAAGGACCUGAUGAACAUCGCCCCGCGCCGCAGUUCACACAACCCCAACAAGAAUAUUACCGUCCACAGCCGCCCCGACAACCCGUGCAGCCUAAUGAACAUCAGCCGGCGCACUAUGCGGUACGGGAGCAAUAUUACCACGGAGGACAGGCUCAACAGCCACCGGCGCAGAGAACGGAUGAUUAUUAUCAUGCCCAGCCUCAUGCCCACGCCCAGGCCCCGCCGCAGCAAUAUUACCAAGAAAGGGGACAAAGUGAUUAUUAUCCGCCGCGGCAGUCUGUCGAUCAGCAGCAGUACUAUCAGGCUCCUGCGCGACAGGUGCCGCAAGGAGGAGCGCAGAUCAAGAUUGAGCCUGAUAUGAUUGAUCAGUUGAUAUCUCGGGCUACGCCAGAGAAACAGAAUGUUGGUGGAAAGAGCGGUCGGAAUUGA